AGCAUCGUCGCCUGGCGUCACUCCCGUAGCUGCCGUCGUCCCCUUUGCCCCACAUUUUCGCUGUUGAGAAUUGGCGAAAGCCGCUGGUCACCUAUGUUAACCACUUCCGAACUGUUGCAUUCCGUAGCAAUGGGUUUUGAAGGACUGGUGUGAAAGAUGCUUUCGGUCGAGCUCGUUCCCGUGGCAUGGGCUCUUGUCGCCAUCCCCACGUCAGUGGUUUUGAUUGUCGCUCUCGCACUGUGUCUUUGUAAGCAAGGGGCGGACAAGUCACUCAAUUUCUUGGGUGAGAACCACCAAGUUUUGAAUAAGAACUCCCCCGUCGCUUAUAAAGUACAGAGCACCGACGAUCAUCAGAAUGGCGACUUGCGGGGGGACUCUCCUCUCGAAAAAGUUUCACUCCAUCCCAGCCGGCCAGUGACCGAGCGAGCACUGCCAACACCUCCAGGCAGGCCGCAGUCUCUGCCUAAUCCACUCCCUAACCCGGCAACAACUGCCUGGGAUGGUGGCAACAACAAUAACAACAACAAUGGUGCUGCGGCUGCAACGGACGGGCACGUCUCCACGACUCUCGUGCGUCCGCACCGAAGGAACAAGGCUCACGCCCCGCCGCCACCGACCACACCUUCGUCGUCUGCUGUCCCUGGUGUUGCCGUGCCGUCUGCCGGCAAGGGCACAGACACUCCGAGUGAGAGUUCAGAGUCCGAUCCUCUCUACUCGGUGGCAAACGUGCGUGCGCCCAGUUCUUCGGAGGACACCGCGCCGCCUGUCCCUGAAAAGCGCUUUGAUGUCGUCGACGCAACGGAGGAAAGUGUGCCCCCACCGGUGUCGGAAGAAAUGGGUGCUCCAUUCCGGCAAGUCAGUGCACCAGUUGCACCUGUACCAGGGACAUUGAGUCACGCUGCCGACGUCGCAUUUUCUGUACCAGCUGCAUCUGACUUACCUGGCAGCUCUGCACAACCUACAGGGAAAUCGGACCUGUCAUACACUGUGAUCUCUGUCCGUGAACCACUGGCAAAAGUUCGAGAGGAGACAAUGAGGCAGAAACCAGCACAGGCUGCAGCUGCAACCCAGGAGGCAUACUACACAGAGGUUCCUGAGGAAGAGCAGAUGUAUGCGGAGAUUGAGUCGGGUCACAACUCUGCUGGCUCGUCGGUCACGUACGCUCGCAUCGAGCCAAGGACAACCGAGCCACACCCACCGGCGCCACCAACUGUCGAGAGCCUCAAGUCAGUCGCCCAGGCUCAUUCCAGACAAGCAUCUGUUACAUCCGCAUCAUCGCUCGGAGCACCCAGCCCCGACAUUGACAUCGGGAGCCUGUACUCCGCUGUUGACAAGUGCAACAAGCAGAGGCAGACUAUCCACAUAUCGGAAGGCGUGGCCUCCAUGACAGAAGGCCCAGCCAAUCUGGACGAACUGUAUGCCAAAGUUCACAAGCCCCACCGCCAACCUGUUGCUGCAGCAGUUGCUUCACAGGAAGAAGGUGCUGAAGGGAAGAAGUCCUUAGUGGCACCGCUGCAUGAAGCCUUCCUCGUGCAUGAUAGGCCACGGUCAAUGCCUCCUAACAUUGAGUCUGUUGUCUCGUGCACCAAUGUCACUCUGGUACGUGAGUUGGAAGAGAAGAAGGAGCUGGUCGAGGCACUUCCGCCACCACCGGAAGAAUACGCAGAUCCCGCAUACGAAAGGGUUUACCACCAGGACUCCAGUGACACAGAUCCUUGCUAUGAGAGAGUGACUGGUGGGCAUGGAAGUGAUGGCAUCUCAGAAUCGGGCUACGAGAAGGUUGCCAAGAGAUUUGACAACGAACCAGACUACGAGACGCUCCGUAAGGAAGCCGCAGCAGAGUACUCCGAGGGAGCCGUCGACCCUCAUUAUGAGCAGAUUCGAAAGAGCGACAAAGCGUCGACUGUCCACGAGGAUGAAGUGGUGACCAGCGCUCGCGGACUGACUCAACAAGACAGUGGUUCCACAGCAGACUACGGUUACGAAAGAAUCAAGGGUCACCAUGGUCUUGCCGAAGACGAAGGAAGCGAUCCGGGAUACGAACAGAUUUGCCGGAGAGGAGAGGAUGACACAAGCGACCCUGGCUACGAGCGGAUCCAUAGGAGUCACAGCGAUGCAUGCAGCCAAGCAGAUAGUGAUCCUGGAUACGAGAGGAUCAAAGACAGGGGUGGUGGAGGCCGGUCAUGGCGUGGCCGUGGCUUGGGCGGGGACUUUGGCUACCGGAAAACAGGAGCUCGUCUAGCGUCAGCUACUGCCAGCACUGCAAAGCAGGACAAUAAUGGGUCAAGCGACGAGACAUAUGAGAGCGUUCAAGAUGACAUGGUGCGAAAGCUUGGCUACAGCCUGAUGAAAGGAACGGGCAGCAGCACAGAAUCACCAGUGCCCAGUCCUGUUUGGAAGCAGGCGUCUGACGACAGUUCUACAUCGGAGCGUGGUGCUGAAGACAGCAGCUCAGAGGAGCCAGGCUACGAAAGAGUGAGGCAUAGAGAUGAAGCUGAUGAUGGUAGGUGUCUCGGUGUGCAGGCGAGAAUUUGGCGGUGCAGUGACAGCAACCUGACGACCAGUGUGGAGACAGCUGAGCGGGCUACCAGCACAUACAGCCUCAAUGCAAACCUUGAUGAUGGAGGCAGCGAGCCCAUAAACAACACAAAUGGGGGAGCGGCGCUCUACGAAGUCAUUCGAGGCUCUACAGACGUUGAGGCAGCCCUCGAGCUUGUGACAGACAACGAACCAAUACCCAUCACAUGGGCGCGCAACUCGGCUGGCCGUUCGUCAGAGCACAAGGAAAGGGAGUACAUCUUCUGAAACUUCAGCUAUCGUAAGGUUUUCCCACUUUAGUGCAAUGGAAUUCUGCCCGGUUCUGUGUGCAUGUGUUGAAUCAAAUGUAUACUAGCACUGCACCACAUUCAUUAAGUACCAUUGCCAGUGGGAAGUUUUCUCAGCUACAUGUGUUAAGUGUUUCACGCAACUUCCUUAAGAAUUAUGUCAACAGAUGAGCCUAUAUUGUGUAGAAUUAUGGCAGAGAGGGCUAUUGCAAAUAGUUUGUUUGGCAGGUGCUCAGUGCACGAAUGUUUCAGCGUGCCUGGAUUGCUUUCUUUUCCAUGUUGUAAACAGCGUUUUAUGUUGUGUUUGUGUUCUCUGUUAAACAGUGAGCUUGAGUUAAAAUUUGUUGAGAUGUUGCUUAUGUAGUGUUGUUGCUGCAAGUUGCAUGCAACUCCUUUAAAAAAGCUUUCAGUAAUUACUGCCUGUAGUGACCGCAUUGUCUGCACUUUUAUUUCUUCAUUGUAAUCAAAACAGGGUUCAGUGCAUAAUUUUUUAUUCUUUUGUAUUGUAAUGAUGUGUUGCGAGCCAUGUUUGCAGCGCAUACUUCCAGUUCCUUUCUCGUUAGUUAUGCUCGAAUGGCACAUGUCUAGCAUGGGAGUAUGCUUUAGACAGGCCUUCACACUUGUGCAAUAAUAAGGAUUGCGACAUUAUGCCUGUAGUCAUUCACCAUUUCAAUCAUUAUAAUCCCAUUAUAAUCAUUAUAAUCAUAAGUUUUUAAGACAGUAUAAGUUCAUAUAUGCACUUCUCAUUGGAGCCUGCAACUUGAGAAACUGCUGAAACCUUGCAUUUAGGGUGCAUCUUGUAGUCUGCUUUGUAUAUUAGUAUAAUGUAUUUACCAUCAGUGCUUGUCAUUUGCUAGUAAUAUGAAGUAAACAAGCAACACAUUAAAGGGAGGGCUUCUUCAGAGUCUGUUGGCAACACCAAUCCAUUACGCUGGCCUGUCUUGCUUUCUCAAGGCCUUGGUUUACAGAAGAGAACAGUUUCCAAUAUUCCACAGAUGAAUGAAGGAGUUACGGAGAACAAUGUUUAAGUGCAAGGUACACUCCUUAGGCAAGACUUGAGCUUGAAAAAGCAAUCUGUGAAUACAGAGGAAUUGAAAAUCUUCACCCAAGCAAUUAUUUCCCAUUGAGAAUUCCGAGGUAGCUCAAGGCAGCAUUUACACAUCAGUUACAGAGAAUAUGCUAUUCGCUGUAACUCGGCGAGCAGCACGAUAUCAUUGAGGUGGUAGCUAAGUUUGGAUACCUUUCUUUUUCUUGUUGCGGUAUGGCGAGCGAUUCUUGCAAUUGUUUCAUCCUCGCUUGUCAACACAUGCUCAGCGUCAUUAAAUGUGUGCUUUAGUUGUGAAUCGUGAGAAGUGCCUGGAGUGUUAGCAAACUGUGCUAAACACUUACAUUAUUUAAAAUGUUGAAGCCAUGACCAUUAAUAAUUGCUACUGUAUCAUCUAGAAAGUAAAUUGCAUAGACAUGAGCAAUAUACAGGCAAAAUCAUCUGUGGAGUGGUGUUUUGUUCUUGUUUUAAUUUAAUUGGGUUUUAUUUUUCUUAAUUUGCUGUAUAAAAUUUUAUAGGUUUCAUUCAACUUUUGUUAUACCCAUUUAUUCAUCUCCUUGUUUUCAAGAACAAAUCUUCGAUGUUUUUAUUUUCUACGAAAAACAUGUACGUAAUAUUUCACUGGACUUCCCAUCUUUUGAAUAUCAUUCAUUUUGUUUCUUUAUGUUGCAAAGUGCUUGUAUCUUAUGCCUUUAUCUAGAACAUUGAGAAAUUUAUACUAAUGUAAGAGAAAAAAGCGUUUUAAUCUAAGUGGGAUAAUGUGUGAUGUCUUUUUUUGAAAAUUUUGAAUGUUUUUAUAGCUCUACACUUCAAGCGCUAAUUUUACAAGGUACCAGAUAUAAUUGUGGCUGUGAAGGUACGUUUGAGCAAUCUUUUGUGACCAGCAGCAUAUUCCACUGCAGUUGCUACAUUCCACAAAGUACUAAUUGUUUUGUAUGCUCAGCACAUCUCUUACAUAUUAUGCAUUCUUAUUAAGCUGCCACUAUAGCUUGGAAGAGUGGUGGUGUCAAAAGAUGCACCUACUUUUUGCUUCAGAACUGUAAUUCAGAAUGGUGUCACUAAAAUUCACAGACUGGGCAAUAUAAGCUAAGUGUACAGUGGCUGUAAAUCAGAUAAUGUUUUCUUUUCACAUGUAGGAAUGUAUCCAGUAACUGUACAAAGGUACAGGUAUUGAACAGAGCAAAAGCUGUGAGUAUGUAUGUGUUUUGCAAAACUCUGCCAUUUAAAACCUAAGUGUAGCAGUUAGCAGCCAAUGAAUUAACUAAUGAACUUAGUAAGCUGCCACUUAUUUCAGAGGUAAGCUGUCUAUUGUUUUGCUAAUCUUUGCAGUAAAAGCUUGCUAAUUCAACCCUAGUUAAUUCUGAUAAUCAGUUAAUACUGAUCUCUGGCCCCGGCAAAUGCAUGUGUUAUUCUGUGGUGUUAGCCCAUUAAUCUGAAGGUUGUGCACCAGUUUAUUAGAAUGUGCAAUGCUAAAGCACACAUGUAUGUGCACAUCCAGUUGUACACAUCACAAUGCAUGUGUCUGCUAACAAGGGGGUUUAGACACUAGAAACAACAUCUUGUAGACAUGAUUUGCCAACAGUAUGUUUUCCAAUGCAGCAGAGAUUUCCAGAAAAAUGCAAAAGCUUCAUAAGUCCUUCGAUAGUGUUCCUACAAAACCAUAAUUACCUAUUGAACUUCCAAAUUUUGUUGUGGGCAUGCUGCUGUUUCUUUCAGUGUGCAUUGAUUUUGUUUAAUUAAUCACGCUGCCACACCGAAAAAGUAUCUGUCGUUCAUGACUCAGUGCUAUGGACUACUUAAAGCACAGAAAACAUGGACUGGAAGUCCAUGCUGUACCAAAAAAGUGGUCACAUGUGCCAGGCCACUGACAACCAGAGCAAUUUUUUUUUACACUUCCAUGAAAUUUAAGUUAACGAGCUUAUAUUGCAGUUUAUUAUAUUUUCAUACACAUAAUCUUUUGUAAAGGAGUUGAACACACUCAGGGUACACCAUCGUUUACUGCCGUUUAUUUUUCUUCUUGCCAAGUAUCAACAUCUCCCAUAUACACCUUAGCAUGAUGGAGACGGAUUAGCGGGGGUAUUAGCUGAAAUACGAACGCAUGAACCUAACAACAUCAUUGCUGGUGGUGACCUCUAUAGGUGCUGCAAUCAGCCAUAAUGCGCUAAAAACUUUCAUUUGUUGCAUGAUUCACUUCAAUCAGGAAAAACUUGCCAAAAUACCUCUGUCGUGAUUAUGUUGGUACUGAUGCAUUUAGGCCAGCACACAACAGUGGUGCAAUCCAUAAUUGCAAGUUAAAACUGUAUAUGCCUUGGUUAAAUCAAGCAUCACACGGUUCCCACUUUACUACUGCUGUUCCUGCUUACGUCAUUCAGUAUAUUGUUUCACUUCUGCACAACUAUGUCUUCGCUAUGCUAAAGCUGUUUAUCGGCAGCAUGCAAAGCAUUUAGAUUACCACACCAAUCGCAUUAUUACUUUGGAUCUAUCUCAUGUUGCUUUCUCUGAUGUGUUAAGUCUAAAAUGUUUGAGCAAUAGUUUGAAAUACAUCGUUGUUUGCUAACUUUACUAUGCAGGCAUAAAUUUAGAUGUUUGCGUUACGUAAUUACAGUAGAAUCUCCUUAAACAGAACCUCAAGGGAAUGGAUAGAUAUGUUCGACUUAACAGAAGUUUUGUUUACUGAAAGAGAUAAGUGGCGGUGUAGCACAAUGUCAUUCAUUCUCUUGAAUUGAAUGUUUAUUUUCAUGUGUGAUACAUGAAGGAUGGCGGGACUAAAAGCGGCACUUAAGCAGCCUGACCAGCACCCACUACCUACAAAGGGCUGCAAAGCAGUGACAUCUUAUUUUGGGAAAAAAUGAAACAUGAAAUACGCAAAUUGAUACAAUAAAAUACUAAAACAGCAUUAUACUAGACACAAAUUUUGCAGGGUACUAUUGCUUAAGCAUCAAGAAGUGCUAAUGUUCCAGCUAGUUCUUACAAAAACUAGAAAAUGUCAAUGUGCUUCAGCACAGCGUUAACAUUUUUUUUUUUUUACUUACUACUAAUUUUGCAAUAAAAUGUUACAAUUCUUGCCUAUUCCCCAUUGAAGACAGGUUUUGCAAAGGCAUUUCAGAUCCUGGUUCUUUCUAGAAAAGAAUUCUUUGCUGCUUGUACUGACAAUUCGGCUUGAAGUGCCGCAUCUUCUGAGAUGCAAAGAUUUUGGUUCCAGUGUAAUUUUUUUUUUCUUUUUGCACUGUGCAAAUAGAAACGAAGAGAUUUUGAGGCAAUGGUUCCGUUUAAGAAACUUUCGUUUAAGAAAUUUCGAUUUAUCGAGAUUCCACUGUAAUGCAUUCUGACUCCAGUGAGACAAUCAAUUACAUCUGUUCUGCAUCUUGCCUACAUGCUGUUAACUUCUGUUCUCUGGUGACACAGAGUUCCACUUACUUCUUUUCAUAGGAAGUUGUGAGUGCCUGUGAAAACAGUUAAUUGAAGCAACACCAGCGAUUUCUCAGAAAUCAUGAUGGUAUCUGUGUUGUUUAUUCCUCACUGCACCAUAAUCUCAUGUGCCAAAAAGCAUGGCUUGUCAAUUUCAAGACGAAGGAAGCAGGCAUUAAUGUGCAUGUGGAUAAUUCGAUAUAGGCAGUAAUAGUACCAAAAUGUGACAUUUUAUACACCAGGUGAAACUCAAAUUUUUGUUCCAUUUAUCUGUAGCCUAGCUCAUCAAGGCGUUUCAUCUUAUUGAUGGGGUCAGUGAUUUAGUCAUCAUUUGGCUCCUCUCGUUGCUGUGAAGGAAAUAAAUAACUUAGCUCCUAAUCCAUUUUAAUGCUAAUUAGGAUCUCAAGGCAGCAUGUGAAAAAAAGUUAGUUAGUUUAGCUGUCACUUCACAGCACUCCACCAUGACGUUUCAGGUCAAGUUAAGGCAAGUUAUGCUGUACUUGUUCACUGCCAUAUGCUACCAUGACUGUGUGCAAGCAUGCAGUUUGUUUGUGUAGCUGCACUUUAGUGGCAACAGCUCGUGUUGCUGAUGUGCCAUUGUGCCGCAGUGGUGUACAUUUGGUGAACUCAACCUAAUUGGGUUCGUUCCUCACCCAUCCUGGUGAGAUUAGGCUCUUGAGACUGCUGUCAGGUGGACAGAAAAAGCUUUUAUGCGUAGUGCUUGUAAAUGGUAAGAAAGCUAUUGAAAAAGUUUUGUUAGAACAUUGUGGUAUUCAUCGAGAGGUUAAUGUGGAUGUACUUAAGCUGCAUGAGGCCUUAUUUCAGGGACGGUAGAAAUCAGCGGAUCUGCAGUGCAGACUGAUAAAAAAGACAACUAAACGGUUGCUUACAUAAAGGUACAGUGAAGGGAGCAUUGCAUGUUAUACUCAAUAUAGCUUAGUAUAAAAGAAUAAUAAAGACUGAAUAGUUUGGUACAAUACACCUUAGAUCCUAAUGACAAAGACGACAGUAGAGAUAUAUAAAUGAUGAGCUUGGUAUAUUGAAGACUGCACAGUUUGAUACAAUAAACCACAGAUCCUAGUGACAAAGAUAAGACAGUAGAAAGAUAAAAGUAAUGAGCUUGGUUGCACGCUCCACUACCUUGUUCUAAAGGAAAUGUGCAAAUUGUUCAUUAUUUCAUGCAUAAAUGCAUGCAUGUCUUUACAUCAUCAAGGUGUGAGGUACGCUUGCUAAUUUAAUUAUGGGGUUUUACGUGCCAAAACCACGAUAUGAUUAUGAGGCACGCCGUAGUGGGGGACUCCGGAAAUUUGAACCACCUGGGGUUCUUUAACGUGCACCUAAAUCUAAGUACACGGGUGUUUUCGCAUUUCGCCCCCAUCGAAAUGUGGCCGCCGUGGCCGGGAUUGCUCUCAAAGCUUACAUAGCCUAAUUCUAGUUUUUUUUUUUCUUCCUUUCUACUUAUGUAAAAUUAUUCAGUACUUAAGCAAAUUGCUACUUCAGCUACCACAGGUUGUGUUGGUAUAAAAAAAGUUGCUGGGGUUGCCCUUUUAAAGCUUUUAACAUUAAAAAAAAAAUGUUUGAUUAUUUCUUUGCUGCAAAACAGUCGUGUAGAUAGUUUAUGGAACUUCCAUAGGCAUGCCUUGAUUAGAAGUAAACAGUUAAUGGAAAAGAUAUGCAAAUUCCUUCAUUUUGUGUGUGCUAGGCAUAUACCAAGCUAAGACAAGUCCGGCAUUCUUUAAGAUCUCUCCCAAGAUGUUUUGAUAUGACGCCAUCAUUGCAGCUUCCUUGAAGCGAUUCCUGGCUGAGUCCUUGAAGUUAUAUCCAUCGGCACUGUUAAAAUAUCUAUUGACAUUAUACACUCCAACCUCUAGGAGAGUGGACAGUUUGGCUUCAUGAUGGACUGUAAGAUGUAAAGAAUGGCCGCACAAAAGAUGUAAUGUAACUAUUCUAUUCCAAAUCUUUUCCUUUCCACUCUUUGUCAGUGGUCCAAGUGGUGCUCUGCCUAUGUUAUCUGGUGAUCGGCCGGACGUGAGUGGUGAUUGAUAAGGAAGGAAUAAAAUUCAAUGAAAGAAAUCCUGGCCCAGAGUAUGUUGCAAGUCAUUUCUGUAUGUGCCUUCUGUCCUGUUUCUCUUGUGCAUACCUUUGUUUUACAACGUCUAAUUACGCCAUAUCUAUUGUAUUUGUUGUCCAUGAGCUAGUUCUCUCUCACUGUUUUUAAUAUCCAAUUGCUGGAAACCGCUAUGCUUCUGAGUUGAUGCAUAUGUACGAGCCGAUAUCUUUGGGGGCAGAGGCUGCUUCCCUCUAUUGCACUCUUAAUUGAUCAAAAUUCCAGUGAUGCCAAAAUGUGUGAUUCUUAUGUUGGCUUAUUUCUGUUUUAUUACCACCCCUGCGGUUGCUGUGUGUCAAAUUUGUCAUGUUUUGUCAUCUUUCAUAACCUUGCAUUAUUGUUUCUCUGCUUGCCUCUGAAAUUCUGCAUUUGGAUUUCUUAGUAGACACUUUGUUGGCACAAGUAUGACCCUUAUUUCAACAAAAGUAGCAUUCUUGCUCACUAUGGAAGCCAUGUUUAAAUCUAGUGCAGUAAUUGCGAAAUUAUUUCUGUCAUUUUUUUCUCAUGUGCUAACUGCAACGUGCACUGGUGUUCUUUUUUUUUAACAGCUGAAUGUGUUGACGCAGCUUUUUUCAGGCAUCGAUGGCUACGGUGUCUGCUUGUUGUAAGUGGCAUAUCAUGCUAGAAUCAUACUGGUGCACUGCUGUCUUGUACCCGCAUCAGAUGUGUAAUAAGUGUUUCGGGCCUGCUGCUGCCCGUGUGUUUAUCACUUGUGCAGCUGGUGUUAAAGGGAAGCUGGAGUAAUCUAAAAACUUUUGAGGAACUGAUAGUGGUUUUGCUUAGUUUAAUGAUUGCACUAUAAAAUUUGUAUUUUUUUGUCUUCUUUGCUAUAGAUGUAUGCUAUGGCACACACAUGGCAAUUGGGAAUAUAUACCUACAGAAAUGUUUUAACGGUAGGGAGUGACAAGAAAGAAAGUGUCAAAUUUUAGUGCACCAUUGGCGUCAUGUUUCUGAACGUUUUUGAAGAUCUUCACAGAAGGCAUAAAAUAUGCAAAUGUAUACCAAGAGCUUUCACACACUGUGCUUGGCUGAAUUAUUAUUCAUUCUGAAAACUCUUCAGCUUCCCUUUAAGCAAUCCGAUUGUGUCUUCAGGGCUUCAGCUGCAUAACUGCAGAAGCUGCAAGAGCAUAUCUUGAAUUCAGGGUACAUUGUAGCUGUGGUUGUGUCUGAAAGAAUAGCUAAUUGACUGCAUCAGAGUCAGUACUAUGAUCUAAUUUAAAGCGAGUUAUGCGUAAUCAUUUUUAAUCCUUCUCGUAACUGUAGUGAAAAUGUGCAACUUGUUGUGUACAUAGACAGAAAUUUUAGUUUUCAUGCUUGGAGAAUGUUUGUGACACUACAACAUACCAGUAUAGCUGUAGUAUACUUCACUUCUUGUUGUUCACUAGCGGAUUUCUCAUAUAUCUAAAGCUCUUACUCACGUCAUGUAGUAAAUAUCUUCACCAUAGCCUCCUCUCGCAUUACUAAAUGCAAGGUGUGUGUCACGCUUAUGACUGCCACUCCUUAAAUGACAAUUCUGAAGCCAGUAAUGUCAAGUCUGCCUGCUGUUAAGUGUUGAAGUUACUAGGGAGAAAUGUGACUCUGCACUUAUUCAACAAUCUUCAGAUUGUGGAUAACUCAUGGAUUCUUGUGUGACUUGGCAUUGUUUUAUUGUUGAGAAAUUGCAUUGCAGGGGCGUUCUUACUGUAAUUUGAGUUUUGCCUUACAAGGUUUGACUGAAUCCAUAUAACUGUUUUGCUUUCACACCUAAUUCAUUUUAUCACAUCUGUUUAAGUUAAUGAGUGUCAUAUUAUAGUAUGCAUUACUAAACACUGAUGAUAUUUGGACGUAGACCUCUCCAAAAAUGCAUACAUUUUCAAUUCUGAAUGCUUCUUUUACUCUGAAAUGUUCUGAAAACAUUGAAAUAGAAGCAAUUAGAGGGUAAUUAAGACUAAUCAUUGAGUUAUAAUGAAAUUGUCACAGAAAUUACCUUCAAGAAGAAAGUUAAAAAAGAAGCCAGAAGGAUGAAGUUUAGAAGAACCUAUGUAGAACCUGUCAUUUUGAUACAGGCAUUUCGUGCAUACAAUAGCGCCAGAUUUCAAGGAAAACUAUGAAAUUCUUUGUGCCCCUGCCCUUGCAGCUGAUGUUGACAAAGCAGCAGUGGAAGGAAAAAUCCUAAUUACAUGCUAUACAGAUGAGUGUCUGUAAUAUCCAUUACAUUACCGUACUACUGCUUAAUAAUGUGACAUCUCUGUGACUUGCCUCCCCUCAAGAAAUGUUCCUGCCAUAAACUUCAAAUUUAAUGACUUGUAGGAUUGACGUUGGGACUGCAUCCCAACUAAAAUCGAGAACAAACGUUAAAUGCUCUGUGCUGUGAUGACUGUAUGCGUGUUUGCAAUUCAAAGAAAGAAGUACAAACCUAGCUGAGCCAAUGACAACAACAAAUAUAUUCUAUUUAGCAUUGAACAUGUCUGCCAGGUGCUGUGGAAGAAUUUCAGAAACUGCCCACCAAGGUGCUUUGUGGAAAGGCAGUGAAGUGGCAGAAAGGGCUUUCUCGGAGAAAGGACGUCACGAGUUCUUAAAUUUGCUGUAACAGUGUAUUGUAUGUCGUGCUGGAUAAUAUUGGAAUUGCCUUGCAAGGUGCACAACUGCACAUAUGUACGAGAUAAACUGCAGUAGCUAAUAAUCGUUGCACUGUAUCUAUAGUAUAUGAAAUCCUUAUCUGCCAAGAUUCCGUGCAGUAGCUCAUGUUGCUUAUAUUCCCUUAGAAGUAUGCAUGCAUCAGCCAAAAACCUGCCUUGUAUCUUCUGUUAGUAAACGUGAAUUACCCUGACAUAGGCAAUGCAACACAACGUAUGUACAGUCGACUCUCGUUAGUUAAGCUUCCAGGAACCACAGUUCUGUUUAAGUUGCCUCAGGUUGAAUUAUAAAACAGUGAUAAAUUAUUAUACAAGCAAGGUAUACACACGACAAAUUUAUGUAGAGUUGGCAAGAAUAUGUGACUGGGCCACUACUAAAGUUCUUUAGCAUAGGUGUAAACAAGGGAAGCCUCAGGCUGGAGUCAAUAUUAGCAAGGGGACUUGCAAAAUGUUGGUUCCAGCAUGAAGGUUCUUGUUAAUUGCAGUCUUCAUCUUUCUGGAGCAUCUUAUAGCCCAUGAGGUAAUUUGGGACAAGCAGCAUCAUAACCUUAUCAGAUCUUCCAUCUUCCUGGAACACCUUCCUCUCAUUUGGCCGCCAUUUAUAAAAAAUGUAAAAAAGAAAAGCAAGUCCCUGUAAUGUUAAUAAAAUCAAGAAUACACGGUUCGGCUAGUGGCAUCGUCUCGUGGUUCUCAUCAGCAUACACGUAAGCCAGGAUAUCAAACUUGUGUGCGUUUUGUGCAUUCCUAUUUCAUGGAUGUUCAAACAUCAGUUGUUCUUGGCUACCUUUCUCUGCCCCAGAAGCCAAAAAAUUUUGAUUAAUUAAAAGACUACUUGCAUUGAAAACGCAGGAAACUAACCAAAGUUUGGCAUUUUGUUUAGAUUAACGGAAUUUUGGUUGAUCCGAGCUUGAAUUACCGUAAGUCGACUGUACUUUGUAGAUUUGUAAUCGAAUUGGAAAUUGUGGACUUGCAGGAAACACUGAGAAGUAAGAAUUGUGGAGUUCCAAUGGUGAGAAGCAGGAAUUGCAGAGUUCUUAGAAGGAACAUUGAGCAGCCAUUGUCUUCCAUUAUUGACACAAGAAAGAUAGAAGAAAUGCAUUUCUCUCCCUUGGAAUCGCGUUGUUUUAGCAGCCUGCACGCCACUUUAAGGCAGUGUUAAACCUUAUGCCAAGUUUCUUUUGCUUCUUGAGUAUUCUUCUGACAAUUUCUUGCCAUGCCAAUCUUAUAAGAUUAUGGAACUGUCUUCACCUUGUUGUAUUUAUGAAACUAGUUUGAUGUUGAUAUCAUUCACUUGUGUAUAUGUCACUGCACACUCUAGUCCUUACUGCUCAUGGCAGAUCCCAUACUGUCAGAUCACUUUUAUGUAUGUUCCUCAUCAUUCUUUUUAAUGAGGCAGUAAUCACCUGUCUUUCGCUUCUACCAUUUUCUGUAAUCAGUAUGCCUGGGACACUGCCACGGUUUUUUCCGGGAUUUUUGUCUCAUGUUUAAAGUGAUUUGUGUAAAAGAAAAUGCCAAUGCAAUUGUGCUUGAACCUGCGUGAUUCAAUGUGCUGCUGAUAAAAUAAGGACUUGGGGAAUUAUGUAGUGCUGUGCAUGUCAUGUUGAUGCCCGAUAUUUCACUUUUAAUGGGGCAUUGUUAUACUGCUGGUAGGAGACAGUCUUGCCAAAUUGCAUGCCAUUUCCCUCGCUCUCAUGCAGGAUGUAGUGCAUGCUCUUGCUAAAUUUACUGCAGUUGAUACUUUACAUACGAUGCUGUGAAAGCUAGUGCAGGGCUGCAUUUACUACCAAAAAUAAUGCAGCAUAUGUCCAUGAUAGCAAAAUCAAAGAACAUGGCACACAGGACUAUAAAGCAUUGUGUUUCCUUGCAUUUCUGCUGAAGGAGGACUAUGAAAAUAUUGCUUAUGCUCAUUGAUAACUACAUGGAUUAUAGUUGAAAGAGUUGCAUGCACGUAUUGUGCAAGGAACUUGAUCUGUUUUGACAGGGGCGAAAUGCCAGAACGCCCUUGUACCAUGCAUUGGCUGCACGCUAAAGAAUCCCAGGUGGUCAAAACUACUCCGGAGCCUCCCACUACGGCAUGCAUCAUAAUCAUAUGUUGGUUUUGUCUUGUAAAACCCCAGAAUUAAAUUUUUAAAAUCUUGAUCCGAAUCUUCAGCUGUGAGUAAAGUUUAUGGUUACCACGGAAUGCACCAAGUGACAAGUGCUUUGUGACAACUUGUGUAGCUUUCACAGUAUUGCAUACAAUGUUUGAAAUGAAGUUUCGAAAUUGUAGUGCUAGUCAAUGCACAUGCAUUGAAAUGACACCUUCUGAUAACAGAUUGCGCACGCAGUUCUGACUGUGACGUCGCUUAUGUAUGCUGGCACUUUCAUUGCUCUUGGUGAUGAACAUUGUCGAUGACUCCCAUUGAAAUGUACGGGCGGUUGGCCUGCAUGCGUGACGUCAUGGCUCAGAGUGCAUGCUUUGUGCAAUCUCUAGGAGGCAUUGGCUGACAUCUUUUGCAUUUGUGAACAUUUUAUGCUUGUUGCGAAUGAAAGGCAAAAUUCUCGCUUUCAUGCUUAUCAGUUACAGCUCACAUCAAUCGCAAGCUGCAAGCCCACCAGUAUGCAAUGUUUAUAAAAAUACUACAAGGAUCUUGGAUGAGCUAGGUGCAACGCACCCUCACUAGAGCACUGAGGCGUAGAUUGCUUUUUAAGGAACACGAGGACUUCUGUGUUUACUUAAGUUCCAUGUUUGUCAGGUUUUCAGAUGGUCACAAGAUUAUAACCUGACAAACAUGGUACUUAAGUAAACAAAGAAGUCCUCGUGUUCCAUUUCAAGUCAGUGUCAUGCUGACCGUAGAGGCAUCUGGUGCCAAACAUUUCUCAGUGCCGAAGUAAUAGGGCCAUAUUUAUGUGAUGCUUUAGUUAAUUUAUAGUUAAGCCAUGCAGAGCAGCUAUUGAGUAUGCACAGCUCAGACAGCUUAUAAUUUUCUAUUUAUGGGUGAAACAAAAAUGUUAUAUUAUUGUAGUGACUUCUUCCAGCCGUAUUGCUUCAUAUUACAAUGCAGCAAGCACAUUACCAUUACUGCAGGUUACAUCGAGCACAACUGCAUUACUGGCUGCCAGUCAGUUGGUUGCACCUCGAUGCCAUCUGAACAAAUGCACAGAGGUCAACUUGUGUAGCGUGUGUGAUUAUUAGUGUGUAUGCAAAGUGACGUACAUGCUAAAAAGAGGGCCACGUCCUCCCUGACUUCCCUUGUUUUCAAUUCUUGUCUGACAUGUGUACAAAGCAUUGUGUGACCUGCUUCCUGAGAGCUACAAUAAAGAAACGCAUAUUUUUCUGAAGUACA